UACACAAAAAUUUCAAGAAUAGGGGCCCAGUUCUCCUAUUGGAUAUCGGACGUCGGACAUCGGACGCGGUGUGAAUCCUGCAUAAGAAGUUAUUCUUUUCAGCUAAUUUAUUCUCAAUUGGUUCGACCUCCUUCUCUACUUACUUCAUGAUUUUGAUAUACACCAACGUGAGCUCACAUAUGCGUUGUUUACGCAGUAAGUCAGGAUGAACGAUGUGCGCGGUGUGGAAUGUUUGUGGGGAGAUCUCAAAAAGCAUCCGCAAUGUCCGCACGGACCAACAUUGUUGUUUGGUAGAUAUAUUAACGGUGAAUUAGAGAAAUUUUAUGCGUGUUCUGCUUGUCGUGACAGAAAAUUGUGCAGAUUCUAUUUAACAUAUGAGCAGAAAUUGUCCAAGUCUCAAAAAAGCAUAUGGGAGCAAGAGAGGAAGAACCUUGUGCAAUGCUAUCAUCAUCAAAAAUUGUUUAUACGUUUGAACGAGAUUAAAGCAGAAUCUGUGAUGAAGAGAUGUUACUGUCAUGAUUGUGAGAAACUAAUUCUUAUCUCUGAAAAAGAUAAACAUAACAAUCACAAAAUAUCAGAGAAUUUGACAGAUUAUCAAAUACAUCAUCCAACAGAGUUUCUGAAACCUUUAAAUAAUGUAAAGAAGGAAGCUCAAUAUUUAUUUUCCAAAAAGUCUACUAAAGAUAUAAUAAACAUGCUUUUAAAGCUUGAAGCUAAGCAGGUCCUUUGUAUAGGAACGCCAAGAAUACAUGAAUAUAUAUCUGAUCAUCAUAUAGACAAAAUAUCCUCUCUCCUUUUAGAUUUUGAUGGAAGAUUUCAUAACUUCUUUGGUCCUCUGGAAUAUUGUUGGUACAAUCUUUUUAAUCAUCACUUUUUCAACAAAGAUGCAAUCAAUGUGUUCAAAGACUUUAUCACUCAAAAUGGGGGAAAAGACACUUACUUGAUAUGUGAUCCCCCAUUUGGAGGACGUGUAGAACCUAUAUCAUAUACAAUAAAAACAAUAUCUGACUUACAUAAAAAAUUAAAUAAUAAUAAUAGUGAUGACUUCUCUUUGAAAAUCAUUUUUAUGUUUCCAUACUUUAUGGAACACAUCAUAAGAGAAAAAAGCAAUCCACCAUUGGUCUCAGGUGGUUUGAAAGAUUUGAAGAUGUCUGAUUAUAAAGUGGAUUAUGACAACCAUCCAUUAUUUGUGUCCGAAGAACAGGGAAGAAAACAAGGCUCUCCUGUGAGAAUUUUUACAAACAUACCGUUGAAGCUACUAGAGCUUCCUGUGUCUGAUGGAUACAGAUUUUGCAAAGAUUGUGAGAAAUGGGUCUCUAGCGAGAACAAGCAUUGCAAAAGGUGUAAGGAAUGCACCUCUAAAGAUGGUAGAACAUACAAGCAUUGUAAAAUAUGCAAGCGAUGUGUAAAACCUACUUGGAAACAUUGCAAAACGUGCAACAGAUGUAUGUUGCAAAAACAUACAUGUGGUCAAGUCCCGAAUAUUGUUGGUAAAUGUUUUAACUGUAACAAAUUAGGUCAUACUGGACGAGAAUGUUCCAAUUUAUUGUCUACGGAGUCUACAGAUAAAACAGACAUAAAAAAAGACAAGAUAGUCAAGAAACGCAAAGCAGGCAGUGAAUUAAAAACGUCUUUAGUUAAGAAAACCAAAAUUCAAGAUUCAAAGAAGAUUGCUAAACGGAAGAAUCUCGUAGCUAAUAAAAAGAAAAUUAAAUUGGAAAAUAAAACUCUGAGGAAAAAAAACAGACAAUAAAAUAAUAAAAAGAUUUGUGUAAAUACAUGAGUCCCAACCGAGCACUCGACGGGAAUCUUAAAUACUGAGGAUUCGACGAUAUAAAUAACCGACGCAGCUCCAUGAGGUACACAGUAUCUUUCCGAUCGUCGACACAGCCUGACAAGAUCGACGGAUUUCGCUCAGAAUGC